CAAAGGCAGCUGAAGCCUGUAGCUGUGCAGAAAAAAAGUCAGAAGAAGAGACAACUUCUCUGGGAGACAGAAAUUAAGAUUACUUUGCAUAGAACUAUUUCUCAUGUUUUCUUCUGAUAGUAUUCCCAGUUGGACAGAAAGAACCUGAGUCUGCUUGUAUCAUGCAGAAGAGAAAGCAUUCCUGGGCAGCCUUUGUGGGAGGAGGCAACAAGAAGGGGGAGAAAAUGACUGGGGAAAAUGCAAGAAUACUGCCCAAGGCCACACAUGAGGAGAGAAAGAAGCAGGAGGCAAAAAGGAAAGGGAAAUUGAAAACCGUGGCAGGCAAAUUGCUGAAGACUGUGGUUGGUGGGAAGGAAACGGUGCAGAAGGCUGGUGCUGAGGAUGUGGCAGGGAAUUUGCUGAAGAGACCAAGCAGUAGGAAAGGAGAGGAGAGAGGGACGCCUGCAGAGGAAACCAUCUGCAGAUUCAUUGAGCAAGGAAAAUUUUUGGAAGCUUGUGAUCAAAUUCAUAAUCUGGAGCAUUCUGGAGAUGAUGGAAUGGGAAAGUCUGAAUCACUUUAUGUGCUGCUGGCUGAACGAAUGUGGACUGUAGUGGGAGAAGCACUCAGUGGAGGUGACAGGAUGCUCCUGGAGCCGUUGCAGUCAGUGGGGGAAUCACUGAAGUGGGAGAAGCAGAAGGAAGCAGAGCGGCUUGGCAACAGCCUAGAGACAGACUCUGUUUCCACCUGGAGCCCAAACUUCUGGAAAAAAGAUCUGGAGGAAAAGCUAAUGCAGUACAUGACAGCCCAGAUUCCCCUGCUUGAUUCCUCUACUGACACCAAUGAGACUGCCCUGAAACAGCACCUGAGUCACCUGGAAAGGACAUUUGUCCCCAGCCUGGAGCACAGAAGUGAUGUCUUCAGGGAAGCAGGACUGCUCGUCACCUAUGCCCGCUGCUGUCAUGCCUCCUUGUGCUCUCACCUUGCCACACUUACUGACAGAAACUGUUUCAGCUUCAGCCAGAGCCUUUUAAUUUAUGAAUGGAUCAUUAAAAUGUACAAAAGAGGCAGCCAGGCCUGUGAGAGACCCGGGCACAGCCUUUCCCUUGGUGCACAGUGCCUCGUGUGGAUCCUUUGGAAGACGGAGGAAAAGUUACUUGCAACUGCACGGAAGGAAGUGGGGAAAGCACUGAAAGAAGCCUUUGAUAUUGGGAAACCCCCUUGGGCAGAUGCUGCAGUCAUUGAGAUACUAACAGAGAAGACAGAGGCUGCCAGGCGAGUCAGCGAGAGCCUGGGUGAGAAGGUGGAAGCUGAGUGCCUGGAGGAGUGCCUGAGGUUCCUGGAGAGCUAUGAAGAUGAAGUGAGAAGUUUUAUCCAGCUUGAUGGCUGCUCACAGAUCUACAGCAGCUUACGAAUCCUGGAGAGUUGCUGCCUUCUCAGAGCUGUCUGGCAUAAGCUAACAUACAUUUGCAGUGUCAGCACUGAGCAGAAUGUUAAGGUGAAUGGAUUUCUACACAGGAUGGAAGAUGACAUUAUGGAGCAUUUUCUGCAGACCAUCACUACUAAAGUCAAGGGAACACUGAAGGACCACUUCAAAAAGUGUGACAGUGGUUUUGACCACGUCCUUGAAUCCUUAAAGCAAAGCUUUUUGACCUUUGGGAAGAAAAAAACAGAUAUAUAUGAGGCCCUGGUCAAGGCUGUCAAUGCCAUCAUUGUUACAGAAUACAUGCAGGCCCUCCUGACCACUCCCAGGAAAACAUCUGCUAUGCAGAGAAGGAGGAUUGCAAACAAGAUAGAAGAAGAUCAUAGGAUGAUGCAAACCAUCUUCAAAGAAUGCUUAGGUCCUGCAGCUGGCUCUCUCAAGGAUCCAAUAAAAGCAAUUUUAGAGCUUGUUCAAACUUCUGAUCCUGAGGGGAUGAAGAUAGCACUUCUGCCCAUUCUAAAGGAAUUUCCUGACCUCAGGAAGGAACAUCUGAGUGCAGUGCUGGACAUCAAAGAUUCGCUCAGCCGAGAUGACAGAGCUGCUCUCUUGAAGGCAUUUCAUGAUAAUUGCAGGGAAUCAGAAACAGAAGCAAACUUGCUUUUUGCAGAUAUAGAAGUAAAACCUAGAAAAUGUGGGCUCUGUGGCUGCCUCUGCUGUUAGCAAAGGCCUGCUGGGAGAAACAUGAGGCCUUUCUCUGCUGUGCCAGUGUCUGAAACCAUGGCUCCUUGAAAGCUUCACAUGCAGCUGGAUGCAUGGAGAAGCCUGUCAGCCAUGGAAGAUAAAAUUUUUGCACUUUUGAAGGAGAACCAUGAGGCUCAAAUCCCAAUCCUAUAUGCAAAGGCCAGGAGAAAGAUGAAUGGGAUAUGGUUGAAGGACAUUUCUUCAAGAUUUCCUAGAGACUGCCAUUCAGCUGAGUCCUGGUGGUUAUUCCCAGGAUGUGGCAAGUGUGGAGGAGGGUUUCCCCUCACUGACUUCCUCUCUGUUUCCACCUCUUGUUCCAUGAAAUCUCCAAUGAGAUUGGAAUUGCUGCACCUCAUGGUGUCCCAGCAUUGCAACCCCCAAGGGAUCCAAGACCUCUGUCAGGGAAUAUUGCCUGGCUGAUUGUGCUGGCAAUGCCUGCAGGUCUGGGUGCCUCAGUUUACCCCACAAAGCCUGACCUGCACCAGGAGGGUGCAGACAGAGCUGCCUCUUCCCUCUCUCAUGAAGGCUGUGACCUGCUUUGGGGGCAGCCUGCCAUGGGGAGGUGUGGGAUGGGGAGCUCCUCCUGUAUGAGUUUUACAGCUGGCUCAAUAGCAUGGUUUGCAUUAAUUUUUAUACCUCAGUUACUGAAAUUUCCUCUUGGAGAGGAAGAAGAAAACCUCAUGGGAAGCAGGCAGUAAAUGGAACUGCUUGUCCCAGCCUCUGGGUAAGGUCUCUGCUAGUUUUCAGAUGUAAAUAGGCAGUUCUGAAGGAAAAACAGUGAUUUUUCAUCCUGCUUGUCUAUGGACUGGUCACAGACCCCAAGUGGGAUGUGCUUCAAGGCCCUCCUUUGCUAUUAUGUGAAUAUAGAACAUUACUGCUCCUCUUUGACACCAUAACCAAGCAAGAAACUCUACCUCAGAUGUGCCAGUGCUUUUCUGAGCAGCCUUACCCCUCGAGUCUGCUACCCUAACAAGGAGAAGGAAAACUUGUGCAUAACCUGUCAAUGUGUGUACUGGGGGACAUGUCAUGUCCUGGUACCCUGGGAAGUGCAGGUCCAGCUGGGUGCUGCCACAUUCUGCAGGGCUGUGCCAUCACCCCAGGGACACAGGUGCCCCAUCCCAGAGCCCUCAGUGCAGAUGGGGUCCUGGGAGCUGGAAAGGAGCCAGGACAGGUUUGUAAUUGUCGUUGGCUUUGUUCAUGAUGCAGUGCUGAGUGUGGGGUUAGUGUCAGAGGAGAAGAAACAGGUUGCUCCAUCUCCAGGGAGUCCUCUGGUGCUUUCAGGGCACCAGGAGACCUUGGCUCUGUUACACUUUGUCCCUCAUGUCACUGAAGGGCAGUGAGAGCAUCCCAUGGCCUGCUUGCCCUUCCUGACUGCCUGGCUGCUCAAAAGGGCAGCCCUGGUGUCUCUAACAUUUCAUAGCUGCCCACUGUGGCUGCAGUGAGACCUCCCCUGAGAUGUGGGAAGGCUGGGGAAUCUGGGGGACCUGCAGCCUGGCUGGGUGGGCAUGGGUUGGGCUGCAGGGCUGGAUGAGCACCUGCCUUCUGGAGGUUGCCAGCCCUGCCAGGUACUGUGGGCCAGUCACCCUCCCCUCCUGCUGAAUUGCACAUUUUUUCAGGGAAGGGAUGUCAGACCUGGAUGAUAGACCCUAUUGUGAUGGCAAGGUCAGGGUCAGCCUUUGCCAAUGGGGAUUUCGAGCAACAAGCCUUCCAGAGAAAGUAAAUAAAACCCUCUCUGACAUUUCCAUCACUGUUAGGUUAAAAAUAAUCCUUCAGCAUGUGGACAGCUCUGGCCAUGCACACGUCGAUGUUGAUGUGUGUCUGUGCUGUUUGACAUCUGCAGCCACACAGGGGUGUGUUCUGCUUGGAAUCAGCAGCUGGGAGCCCUGAGGGGCACCAGGCUUGCCACUGCAGUGUGCAGAUCAAUCAGGUUUUGUAGCAGCAAAUUUUUGCACCAUAUGUGAAAACAUGCACUCAUGGAGAGACCAAAUAAAGACUUGAGUUUGUCCAUGAGGUUUAAUGAAGUUUUCCAGAGCCAGAGGGCCCAGGGAUGUUGGCUGGGGGUGAUGGGGUGGUGUGGAGGAAGAUGGUGUGGGAGGGAUGUCCUUGGGUACCCACAAAUCACCUGUGGAGAGCAGAUGGUGUGUGGGGAGGCUCCCUGGAGGGGAGGCAGUGGCAAGGGAACGCUGGGUCACUCCCUAGGACUGUCUGAGGUGAUCAGGGAAAGAAGCAGAGGCUGCAGGGAAGGAGGACGAGGGAUUUGCCUUGUUUGAUGGAAUGGAUGAGGGAUUUUAACCCACUCGAUUAUGUGACCUGAACUUCCCAAGUGAUCCAGCCUCCUCCUUUCUAGCUUUCACCCUAACCUGGGGUUAAAGCGCUUGUGUGGGAUUUGUGCCACUCUCUGAAGAGGGCUGGGAAGCAGGGUCACACUCAGGAUCCUCCUGUAGGAUUAUCUUGUGGCCUUGGGAUGUGGGCAGGGACAGCCCUGCCAUUGCCACCUGCCUGCCAGCGCCAUCAUGGAGCUGUGCUAUGCAUCUCCCACUUGGCCUUUCUUCCACCUCUGUGAGCAGGAUAGCAUCACUCAGAGGCUCCCUGCACAAAGUCUCUUUCCCUCUCCCUUUUCACUUAAGGUUUCACUGGGAUCCCCCUGGCACAAGGGCUGUGCCACUGCCAUGUUCAUCUAUCAUCCAGACACACUAGGCUUGGGAUGUGGGCAGGAAGGAAUGACAAGCUGCUCUGGCUCUUUUGGAAGCUGCUCCAUCACCUCUCCAGCUCUGCUCGGGGCAGAAGGGCUCUGUGAUGAGCAAUGAUUUGUCACCUGAGUGCCCCACACUGCUGGGGGCCAGGGUUUGGCUGGCUGCUUUGAAGUGUUACUACAGGGCCUCACCAGCACUCCCCUCAUGUGAGCUGCCAUCUCUGAGGGUCACCUUGAUGCUGAGGGCAGUGGAAAGCAGAUGCUCCUUAAUUAUGCUGCAAGGUCUGAGGAAACACCUGACAUUUGCUGAAGUGCUGCCUGUUCUUCCCUGGUUUGUUUAGUGGCUUUGCCAAGGAUGUGACCGGGAAUGGAGGGCUUGAUAGUGAAAACCACAGGUAAUACUCUGGGACAUGCUGAGUUCUGCUGGAUAUCAAAUGUGCAUGAGGAGAAUCAAUCUCUAAAACUGUAAGGCCUCAGAGAAGGCAAACCUUCUGAUUGCAAAAUUAUAUAGUGAAUUGUGUUUUAUUCCUGUUCCUCCCAAGAGGAGCCUGUCAAUGAUGGGAAACUCAUAUGUUAAUCCCAAUAUUAAUCAAAAUAACUUGUACCCACCUUUUAGGCUUUCCUUUCCAGCACCCAGCUGGGAGUGAUGCCUGGUCCACAGGUGGGGAAAGGGAUGUGUGUGUGGCAGGCAACAUGGCAAAAGCCACCACAGCCUAUUACCCCCAGCACAUCACUGAAGGUUGAUUUUUAAGGCUGAAAUGCCUGCCUUUACUGCAGCACCCCACGGUGCAUGAAGAAAAGACAAGGAGGAGGCACUGUGUGUGCUGAGCUCUCUGCAGCAAGGAAGGGCUGGCCUGGAUUCCCCAGUUUCCCCCGGUGGCCCUGGGAACACCCGAGCUGGGAAGGGUACACUCCUGGUGCCAUCUAGUGGCACUGGGACAUGGAAAGGACCGUGCCUCUUUCAUGUUCAUUAUUUGCGUUUUUAUUAUGGGGCAUUACAGGGAAAUAUUCCUACAUGAUGUAUCAUUUGUAUGGGCUGUGAGUGGCCUCUUAGCAGAGUGUGAGACUUGCAGGACAACAAAACACUGUGAACUCAACUCUGCUGUAAAGUAGGAUGCACAGACCACUGAGAUGUGUCUGCCUGCACAGAGCACUUAGAUGUGUCUGCCAGCCAGAUAACCAGCAGGUUUAUGGGAAGAUUGUGAAAGACAGUGGUGAACAGGAUAGGUGGGAUGUGCCCUGUGCUUUAUAGAAAGAGCUGGAGCUUGUGAGUGUGGAGAGGAGACGUUGAGAGGCAGUACUGCAGAGCCAGGACCCAAGAACAUGAUUUUUUCCCCAUUCCACAGCAGCUGGGCUUCCUGCUGUAGUAAAGGGCUUUAGGAUAAGGUUUUAAUUUACUUAAUCUGAUCUACGGCCAUAUGGACACCUGAAGAUGGGUUUCUGCCCUCACCCCUGGGUGACUCCUCACUACUUCAUCAUAUGGCUCCACUGAUGGCAAAUUAGCAGCCAAAAGAAAUAAUCCUGCAUGUGUUUGCCUUUCCUGUUUGCUUUUCAGGAGCCCUGGUUCCAUCUCUCUGAGCUCCAGCUGCCAGCAUCACAUCUUCUAACUCUCCUUUCUCCUAUUGCUAUCCUGCUUUUCAGCCUGAUCCCAGCUGCCAUCCCUGAGCUGCCCCCUGCUCCAGGGGCUGUGGGUGCCUGUGCUGUCCAGCUUGGCUCACACAGCCUGUGUGGGACCAUUGCCUAUUGCCCCAGUGGGCUGUUCUAAAAGCGGUGCCAGUCUGCCAGCAGUUUAAACAAAUGGACUGAGUUUAAAGCAGCUGCUGGGAAAACCCCUGUGUUUCAGGGCUGGACAAAGUACUUGCAAGAGCAGACUGUCUGGAGCUGUUUGUCGUAUUGUAUGCCCUUGCAGGGUUUUGGAAAAAUUAUAAAGCCUAUCUUGGUUCACAGAUGAGUAUUAGGGUUUUUUUUCUUCACUGUAUUCUACCCUCUGAACUUCACACUGGUCUUUUGUGCCUAACAAAAUGGGCUUGUACUAUGAGGAAUGAUGUAAUUUUAUUUCCUUCCAGGCUGCCCAGUGCUGAGAAAGACCGAAAUUUUCAUUCCCAGACACUUGCUGCGGCUCCUGCUGAUGGUGCCACAUGGUCCAUGGCCCAUUGUGCCCAUGUCUGCUGCGGUCUCUCCAAACUUUGGAGGGAGAAGAGGGUCCGGGAAGGGGGAGGAUAAGCCCAAACUGAGGUGGUGCAGCUCAGGCAGAACCUGGGGUAGAUGUUAAAGAUGAGUUUUCACUGUGGAAGAGGGGGGCGAGCCCUUCAGAGCACAGGCUGAGGGAUCAUCCCUUGGCCGUGCGGGUUCCCUGGCACAGGGCCGGCGCUCAGGGCAGCCCCAGCCCCGGCCCUGCCGGUGCGCUCUCGGCACCGAGGGGCUCUGACAGACACUGCCCGAGCCGAGCUGCGGACCCCGGGCUGCCUCCUCCGGGCUCCGAGCGCCGUGUGGAGCCGGGAUCAGCCGCUAGAUGGGAGCAAAACCUGCGGGAACGGGUGAGCCCACGCGUGGGGCCGCGGAGCGGGGCAUGCCCCUCAGGGCUGGCACGGCAGCGUUCCUCCUUCUGGACAUGGCCCAGCGCCAGGGCCGACUGGCAGGGCCGACUACCCUUUGGCAACUGGUAGCUGAUGUUCCUGAGCCCUGUCCCACCGACUUCCAGCGUAAAAACUCAGCACAGCCGAGCUGGACUCGCUUGUAGAGAGAAAUUUGCCUCCUCCUCAGACCAUCGUGAGUCCUGUCCUAACACCCAGCUGGGCCCUGGGAUGGCUCCCUGGUCCCUCAGCUGGGGGGAGCUUCCUUUUCCUGUCGUGUUUACACUUAGGUCUCCCACAAAUUCCCACCAAUUUAUUUGUCUUUAUUCCCUGAGAUGUCAGCCCUGGCAAAAGUGCUGUGCCCAUCCUUCCUUUGGCUCUGUGGGAAAGCCCUGCAGCCAAGGUCCCCUGCCUCGAUGGGCUCUGGUCACGCCAGGGCUGCUGCA